GGGGAGGGGGCGGAGCUUCGGGUGUGGGCCGGCUGAAGGCGAAUUCCAGGCCUGGUGGCUGAACCGCUGUGGCUCAGAGUCCCUCGGCUAGCUGCAGGGAAAGGUGAAGCACGGAUCCGACUGGAGGAACAACCGCGAACAGAAGCGCUGCGCAAGGUACCAUGAGUCCUGGUUUAUCCCUAACUGACUAUGUAUGUGAGGUUCCCUGAACUCCUCCCGACCCUCCUCCUCACCUCCCAAGUGCUGGGAUCACAGAAUUCUGACCACUACAAACCACUAUUAGCUGUACUUACCAUUUGUCUUGGUCUGUAUGCUGUUGCUAUCAUGGAAUUGAUGAGACUGGAUUUCAGCUCAGUUACUUAUGGCUUCCCCUAAAAUUGCUUCCCUCUCUUGGGGACAAAUGAAAGUGCAAGGCUCUACCUUAACCUAUAAGGAUUGCAAAGUAUGGCCAGGAGGCAGUCGGGCUUGGGACUGGAGAGAAACAGGAACCGAGCAUUCUCCUGGAGUGCAGCCAGCAGAUGUAAAGGAAGUUGCUGAGAAAGGGGUACAGACUCUUGUGAUUGGCAGAGGAAUGAGUGAGGCCUUGAAGGUGCCUCCGUCGACUGUGGAGUACCUGGAGAAACAAGGCAUUGAUGUGCGGGUCCUCCAGACAGAGCAGGCCGUGAAGGAGUAUAAUGCCUUGGUUGCCCAAGGGGUCAGGGUAGGAGGUGUCUUCCAUUCCACCUGCUGAUGGCGCCUACAGAGGAGAAUAAAUCAGACCACAAAGCCUUGGCUGUCUUACCAGUCUCCACAUCAGCCUCCACUGUGUAUUUUGGACAUAUGUUCAUGUUCUUGGGACAGAUUGGUGGGAGGCUGAGGCACAGGUUUUGCACUCCAGGUUGCUUAAAUCAGAGAAGAGAGAGGUUUGCUGACAUUUAAUAUUGUGCUAUGUGUUAGGUUCAAAGUUUGAGAAACUUGAUACAAAAAUAAAGGUUGAAACUUGAAGGCCAAA